AUGGCCCUUGGUCUUAAGCCUGGAUCCGUAGUGAUUGAAUGUGGAACUGGCAGCGCUUCUUUCUCGCACCACAUUCUUCGUGCUAUUGCUCCUCACGGGCAUUUGUAUACAUUUGAAUUCCAUAAAGAAAGAGCAGAAGCCGCCUGCAAAGAGCUGAGAUCCCAUGGGCUGGGCCACGACCUGGUCGAUGUUAUCGCUGAAGUCGACGUAACGGUGAAUGGAUUUGGAUCUCAAAAUCGGCUUGUUUCGGCUGUUUUUCUUGAUCUUCCCAAUCCUUGGUCUGCUAUCGUUCACGCAAAAAAAACUUUAUCGCCACAGGUUUCUUUUGUUGAUAAUUUCAAGGGCGGCCGAAUUUGUACGUUUUCCCCUUGCAUUGAGCAGGUCCAAAAGGCCGUGUCAGAACUGAGGUCAUCAAACUUUACAGGUUAG